CGGACGCUGAAAACGCUUUGCAGGCAUAAUGUCCAAGGCCUGUCUGUUUGUGGUGGCCCUCUGUGGCCUCAUCGCCCCCAGCGCCGUUAAGGCCACUGACGGUACGGUCGGCAUGCACACUGCACGUCGUCUCUUGGCAUCUCCGGCAUCACGCAUGACGGAUUCAUUGCAUCGCAUCGCAUCAUUCCCACCACAUAGGUUGGCGGUGGCCAGGCUUCCUUUAAGCUCAUCAACAGCACCGCAGGCCGCCAGCGUACACGCAGGACACGAAGCACAACCACCCCCACACAAGUCAUGCAGCACACACAUGAUGGUCUUUUGUGUGUGUGCAGCUGGUGAGUUGUCCAUGGUGCAGCUGCUGCUCCAGUCGAGCAGCUCGCUGGCUGCCUCAGCCAUGGACGCCAUCGACAAAGCAGAGGAGGGCCUCAGUGCCAUCACGGGCACCACGAUCAGCUCCGUGGAUGAGUCUGCAGUCGUUGGAUACCCCUGCAGACCCUGUGUUUCAUAUCGGUUCCUACCAGGACGCUGGUCCCAACGACAAGGCUAUUGGCAAAUGCACCCCAACGCAGAAGGCCAAAAAGACAUGCAAGACGCAUGGCAUCAUGAAGACCCUUGCGGGAGGGAAGCUUUUCUGCAUGGCCAAACACGUGGUGAGUGCGUGAGAAUGGACCCACCACUCCACACGCAUGAAUGCAUUAAUGUGCGUAUCCAGGAGUUUGCUCUCGGGCCUCAUUCUCACCUCAUGUACUCCUUCAAGGGUGGGAACUUCAAGUCGGAGCAGUACGACCGAUCCACCGAGCGCCUCGUCGUGACCAAGUUGUUCCCCGGCCACCCCGACAACAAGGUCGCGGACAAACACAAAGGUGAGACGGAUCGAUCACAUGCCGCUCCUCGUCCCUCGAUGACGAAGGCGUGUGCCAAUGCUUCGAUCUCUCUCUGUGUCGUCUUCCGUGUCGUGUGCGCGUGUGUAGUUGGGGAACAGAAGCUCUCCUUCCUGACGACGGCCACGGACCGCACCAAGUCCACAGUCACACCUUCUGAAGGGAAGGAGGAGUGAGCUCAAGCUACACACUUCACAGUGCAUGACACACAACCAACACAACUGACAGACGACCUUCGGUUUUGAAUGACACAGCUCAUCAGGUGCCUGACUGUAUGAGUGUCUGUCCGGAUGGCUGCGCGAGUUUUCUAGAGAGAGAGAGAGUGAGAGACAUGAGACGGAGCAACGCACC